UACACUUUAUACCACCCCUACUUCUGUUGCUGAAAAAUAAGACGGUCUCGCUGGCGGACGAUAUUAAAAAAUAUGACACGGUCAAGCUUAUAGAUUUAUUGCGUGGGAAAAAAGACUUGGGUCUUGACGACGAUAACUUGGAAAUAAUUCGCAAAGAAAAGGUUAAUGGCCUAGACUUCUUUGACUUAACCCGGGAAGAACUUGAAAAACAUGAAAAACAUGGAAUUAAAUUAGGACCAGCUAAGAGACUCGUGAAGUUCGCCAAAGAGUGUAAGGAGAAGAAGUUGCGCUCGUUCUCCUCGUACAAGACUAAGAAAGACUUGAGAGGUGGUAGCGAAGCAUGGUAA